AUGCUGCUGCUACUGGCCCUGCUUUGGGGGACGGCGGGGGUGGAGGGAUGGGGAGGGUACAGGCUGCAAGUGCAGAGUGUGGUGACGGUGCAGGAGGGCCUGUGUGUCCGUGUGCCCUGCUCCUUCCCCUGCCCUCUGUACCACUGGAGGGACUCUGACCCUAUUCAUGGCUACUGGUUCCGGGAAGGGGCCAGUGUGGAGAGGGAUGCUCCCGUGGUCACAAACAACCCAGCUAGGAAAGUGCAGGAGGAGACCCGGGGCCGAUUCCACCUCUUAGGGGAUCUUAGGAGGAAUGACUGCUCCCUGAGCAUCAGAGACGCCACAAUGAGGGUCGAGGGGUCAUACUUUUUUCGGGUGGAGCGUGGAUUGAUGAAAUGGAACUAUGAACAAAACAAGCUGGUUGUGCAGGUGACAGCCCUGACCCACACGCCCGACAUCCUCCUCCCGGAGACCCUGGAGUGUGGCCGCCCCAGCACCCUGACCUGCUCUGUGCCCUGGGCCUGUGAGCAGGGGACGCGCCCCCAUAUCUCCUGGGAGGGGGCUUCCGUGGCUCCCCAGGGCCCCACCAUCGGCCGCUCCUCAGUGCUCACCCUCGUCCCUCAGCCCCAGGACCACGGCACCAGCCUCACCUGCCAGGUGACCUUGCCUGGGGCCGGUGUGACCACGACGAGGACCGUCCAUCUCAACGUGUCCUACUCUCCUCAGAACCUGACCGUGACUGUCUUCCAUGGAAACGGCUCAGGUAGGACGGGCCCUCCCUGGGCUGUGGGAGCUGGGCCUCUUCAGUCAGGGCAGGUGCGUCCUUCUCAUCCUGGACUCACCUGGUCACCUGAGACCUCCUUCUGGUGA